GAGCCUGCUGGCCAUGUUGCAAGGAGGAAGGGAAAGGAAGCAGUGAGCUAGAAAUGCAGAAAGAAAAGAGAAGAAGGAGAGAAAGAGCCAGAGCUGUGUAGAGCGACUCAUGGAACUGCAACAUGGCAAAGUUGAUUAUUCAGCAUAUCCAAAGAUGAAGAGGAAACCUGCAACAGCUGGGACAUUGAGGCUUAGUCCUAAUGAAGAAGCCAUGUUUCUGAAAGAGGAAUACGAAAGAAGAAGAAAACUAAGGCUACAACAGGUCAGAGAGCAGCAGAAGUAUAUCUCCCACCAGAUAAGGCAGAAGGUAAAGCAGAAGAGAGAAGAGCAACUGCAUCAGUUAGAGGAGGCACUGAGAGCUGAAUGGCAGAAGGCACAGGAUGAGAAGAUGAAAGCCCUGGAAGAGCUGUACCUAUCAAGCUUAAGAGCUGUUGGGGAGGGUCACCGACAGGCCAAGGAGAAUGAACCUGACUUAGAAGCUCUGGCAAAGCAAGCAGAGGAAAGGAAGCAAAUGGCAGAGACGAGACAUAGAAAAGCUCUGAUAGAGCAGAAGCACCAAAAAGAGAAAUUACUUCGUGAGCAAGCCAGACGAACAGAUGCACGUAAACGUGCUCUGGAAGUGGAAAGACAGAGAGCAGCCAAAGUUGCAAGCCUGCCGCCUCCUCCACCACGUCCUUUUGAGAGUUUUGAAGUGAAAAAGAUCAUUGCGAUGAAGCCCUGUGGUGCUGGCAACUUUUCUGUUACACGUUACCAUAUUGCUCAAGCUUUGGUGGACAGAGAAGUGGCUGGAGAGCAGCCAGAUGCUCAUUUAGCUGCUGAAGAAGAAGGGAGACGUUUGGAGGAGCUACACAGGGAGGCAGAGAGGGAGAGAAGAAAGCAGCUUGAAAAGGCACAUGUUAGAGGAAAUCACGCCUUGAAGAAGAUCCAGUUGGCCAAGGACAGGGCAAGGCUCCUGGAAGAACUGGAGCAAAUGCAAGCUCAGGAUCGGAUGCGCAGGAGACAGGUUGUCGCACAGAUGCCACCUCAGCUUUCAGUGCCACCAUGCAAACGCAUGGAAAUAAAAGAAGAAUGGCAGAGAGAACUGGAGUCUGCAUUUGAAGAAAUGUACAGUGAAGACAGGAACAUGAAAGGAGACCUGAUUUUGCAGUUUGAGCCACAACCUUUGCCAGCCCCUUCUGACAGACUUCAAGAUAAUGAUCUUGAUAUCUCUUUGGAGCAUGAAUCUGCUUGUGACACUCAAUCAGAGCUUCCUUGUGGUACUCAACAAGCAUCAGAACAUGUGAUAGAAGAGGAGGUCCCUAAUGAACCAGAAAGGCAUGAAGAAGGAAAAAUUGUCCAACCUCGAUCAAAACUUGCCUUAAAGAAAUUGUUGAACAAAAUUAGAAGCCAAAAAGAGGAGUGGACAUCAAAAAGUGAGCAAGAGAGUCAAAGUGAAUAUGAAACUAUUGAAUCAGGCACAACUGCUAGUGAAAAGAGACCAUUACGUGAUCUAGAACUUAACAAGGAGCAGCAGAAAAAUACAGCGUCUGAAGCCAAAGACCCUCUGAAAAUGUUGGAAAAUACAGUUGCAGAUGAAAAAUCAGUUCCAAUCCAUCCUCAAGAACAAGCAGCUAAAAUCAGAAUAGAAGAGGAGAGACAGAAGCGGAAUAAGGAAAUAGAGAAACAGAAACAGGAGCAGCUGGCCUUGAUUAAAAGAAUUGAGGAAGAGAAAGCUCUUUUGGAGGCUGAUUAUCUGAAGAUCCAAAUGCAAACCUGUCUGGGGGAGGCUAAGAAAAAAAAAGAAGAGGAAGAGCAAGGUCAGCUGGUGCAAAGCCACAGUCUCCCUUCCACAGAUCAGCAGAACCAAAUGGAACAUGAGACUGGAAAUGUCUCAGAAGCCAGGAGCCCAAGAGGAGACAGUCACAGACAGAUGAUACGUAAUUUUCAACAACGCCUUCUGCAGCAAAAAAGGCUGCACAAACAAACUGUUGAAGAAGCUAGAAAGAAUCUGCAGAAGUAUCAGGAUGCACUGAAGCAAAGGUACUUGUCUGCUUCUGAAAUACCUCUGAGCACAAGGGAGACAAAGUCCAUUAAUUUAGAGCCUGUCUCAGAGCUGCUCCUGCAGACACAAGAAGCACAGCCAGCACAGCACCAGGCAUCGGAGCAAGUUCAUACCCAAGAAUAUGCGCAGUCAUUACCUGCAUUUUCAGGAACAUUGGGUAUGUUGGAAAAACCAUCUUCACAGAAGCAGGAAGAGCAAGUGCAUGAGACUUGUGCUGGAAAAUCAGUGCAGUUUUCAGAAACAUCAGAAUUGAAGCAUGGAGAGUUUCGCUUGCCCCGUGACUGUCCUUCACAGGAACAAGUGGGAAUGUUUGAAACGGCCAAUAAUCACAUCAGAGAGCCAUUCCAGUCCCAUUUGCUACCAGGGUCAGUCAGGAAAGAAGUGACUGCAGUAAGAACACAGCCGGAAGCACGCCAACAACACGUUAGAUUUGUGUUGCCUGCAGAAAGUUCCUCUGAGUCUUCAGAAACAGUACACUCUUCAGAGUUAUCUCAGAAGGUAUCUAAUUAUCAAACCAGGACAGAAGCUGGAGAAAGGCAUCCUUUUAAGACACCCCUCAUGCCAGCAACGAAGAGAUCAGCCUCAGCUGAUCCUUUAGUCUGUCAGCAGGGAUCUGUAGAGAGCAGCAACAAAACAAGCCCUGAUCAACUCCUCAAUCUUUCUGAACCCACGAUUCUAGCACAUGAAGAAUCUAAAGCCCAGGGUGCUGAGGAAUUCUUGAUAUCAAAAGCAGGAGAUGCAUCUUCAUUAAAUCAUUCUGCUAUACUGAGUUUAAGGGACAGAAUGUUGGCUUCAUCAGAAAGCAUCCAAGCUCAGCAGAAGUAUUUGAAAGAAUUGCAAGACCAGCUAGAUGCACAAAGAGAAGCUCUUCUUUCUAAACAGAGAAUACAAGAAAAACUACUUUUGCAGAAGCAAGAUAAAUUGAAGGAGCAGAUGCAGAGACAGCAAGAGGCUUUGAAAGAAUUGCUAAACAAGCAGGUGAGACUUACGUGCCCAAAUGAAGAGAUGACAGAGGCACAAAAGCCUGUCAGGAUUAAGAGAACUGACUUCUUCCAAAUCUCAGAAAACUACCAGCAAGAGAGUGGCAGGAAUAAAUCUCACGGAAGUGAAACAAUUUCACGGUGCAUUGCUUCAGUUGAGCAAACUGAACAAUCUGAGAAAGUUCUCUGUAGAGAACAGAAAUCGAGAGCUUCCAAACCACCAGUGACAAAAGUCAAGUUAGGGCUUGGUUUGGAACAACAUGAACUUAGUGUUAUACCAGAGGUAGACACACCGAAGAGUUGCAGCAUCUCUUUGGCAGAUGUUUUAAAUUCAGAUAAAACACACGAUGGUACUGGAGAAACUUCUCUGAUUUCAACCUCUGGGGAGUUUGCUUGUGUGAAACAUCACAGUCAUGCUCUUCAUGAAGGCACCUUUCCUUUGGGCUUCACACACUGUGAAAGAAAAGCCUCCAAUGGAAGUCCAAGGCAAACUAAUCCAUCAGGGAGAUUAUUACAAGAAUUGCUGAUGAUGGCUGCUGAAACCUCAUAUGAGUCAGCCGGGUCCCAGGAUUCUCAAGUGUCUCAAGAUUCACCAGUUGCUGCUGAAGGUGGAGAGAAACUUAGAACAAGUUCUGGACCGUCAUUCAGGCUUGAUAAUACGGAAGUACCAGGUUCAGAGGCUUUCAUGCAACGAAGACCCUGCGAUGUAACUUCAACGGUUUCCACAGGCAGUUUUUCAGCCAGUGAAAUGCUGAAUGCAAGCCCUGUUGACACUGCUCUAGCAGCUGAACUCUAUUUUCCUGAAAUGGAGAGACCUUUUCCAAACUUCCAUCACCAGCUCUUUCAGCCUUUGGAACCAAGUGUUGACCUCGAUACAUCGUCAUCAUCAUCUGGUUGUCAAUACAGAAUUUCCCAGCACUGUAGAGAAUUUAGCAAGACUUCAGAAUUUUCAGUAGAAAGUCCAGACGUGUCUACAUUUCUAGAAGGGGGAAACUCCGGUCUGCAUGGACAAAGAAGCAGUCUGCCUUCUAGUCUUGAAACAGAUGGGCAAAACAUUACAUCAGAAGAAGAGCCUGCUAGAGACAAUGUUACUUCAGGAUCUGAAGAAUCUUUUCACCCACUGCAAUUAGAAUCUACUCUUAGUGAUGACUGUCAGAAUGCUGAUCAGCCAGGGGAUAUUAACACUGGUUCACAGACACCUUUUGAACAAACCCCUGGAAUUAAAAACAGAGGCAAUGAGAGCUGUAUUUCACCUGCAAGUGGAUAUGAAGAGCUGUCAAGAAGUAUAGGAUGUAUUAAUCUCCAGUGUUCAGUGGAACAUCUGCGGAAUGAAAGUCUGAUUCACCUGGAAGAGCAAAAAUCAUUUUAUCAACUAGAUCCCAUGCCAGUUAAAAUGGAUGAAACUUUCCCUCAGCAGUUAGUGAAAGAGACCAUGUCUUCUGAAAAACUACCUUUGGAGGCAUUUGAUAAGAAGAAGCAUGUGAGGCUUCCUGAAAAAUCAGUUCAUGUAGAUGAAGUAAAUAAAGCUGUGGAGCUGCAGUCUCAGUGCAAUAGGAAUAUAAAGGAGCCACAUCAAAGCUUUCCAGAAGGACAAGAAUCUCUGAGAGUUCUCAGAGAAACCAACUUGGAGGACUCAGACAUGCAUUUGCACACUGUUGUACAAGAGAAGAGUUCUUUAUUCCAAAGACAUGAAGAGCAUUCUCAUCCUGUGCCCAGAAGCUCAUGUUGUAUUCCGGUCUGGGAGACUGAGUCAGGUUGUGGUAUUAUGGAAGAGCCUGAGCUCACUCUGAUAAGCUCCAAUGACAUCAGUAUUGUAGAAUCAGACACUGGACAUCCUAACCAAGUCAAAAUGAAGGAGGAUGCAAUGGAUAACUCAGCAUGUGUGGAUCAGUCUGAAUGUAACGUUUUUACUGAGGAGAGAGAAUUUUUACCACUAGCUCCAGAUGCAGAUUAUUCAGCUUGCAUAAUGCCUGACAGUUCUCCCAAAGCCCAGAGUCCCAACGAGAGCCACUGUCCAUCACAUCAGACUGCAGUGAUGCUGCUGGAAUUUGCAGCUACACCCGGAAGCUUACAAAAAUCUUUUUUUAAAAGAAAGCAGAAUUUCAUCCAGGAUUCUCUGAAAAGAGUAGAAGCAAUAAAAAAUAAGGAGAGAGAAAAUGAAAAGCUGGAAGCAAGAAAGCUUCGAGCAGGAAGGUCUGAGAAUCUUAGAAGCAGACAGAAGGAGUCUGGUCUUCGCUCUGGAAAAAAUGGUGCACUUGCCAAUCAGUUGAAAAAAGUAGGAGAAGUGAAAGUAUCUUCUCCAGAGGAUAGGAAGUCUGGAGAAAUUGAAAUGCACCAGCGUACAUCCAGACUUUAUAAUCAGCUUGCAGAAGUAAAAAUCAGAAAGGAAGAAAAAACAAGGCAAGAAACUUAUGCUAAAAACAGAGAAAAGGCUAAAGAGUUUCAAAAGAAAAUGCUGGAAAAGCUGCGAGCCAAGAAGACUUGGAAAGCACCAUGACAGGCAAAGACUGAGCAAUAAGGACACACAGUGGUUGGUGUUGGUGCCAUCCAGGCCACUGAGUGGUGCAGCCUCAGUGAACUGUGAAGCCAUUUAGGAACCCUCAGUUCUAGGAAAAGAGUGAGUACCUCAAACCACUGCAGGCCCCUGUUCAGCUCACCCCCGCAGCAGAUGGACUGUGCUGCUUUCUGCAUUGUUUGGCUCAGAUUUGAGUUACUGGCCUGAAAGGCCUUUCUUAUGUUAAUAUUUUAAAGAAAUCAUAAGUUCUGUAAUA